CGGCCACCUUCAUUUCUCAUACCGCACGCAAUGGCCCUGUUGUCAUUCCGAUUCUUCCUGCCUGCUUGUCUAUCAUCGGUCUCCGGUUGCUUUUUCUUCGCCCCCUUAUGAGAUAAUUAUAGCAACUCAUGGUGGGGGAAUUGAACAGACUGCGAAUCUGCAUCCCUAGCGCUUGUCACUUUCUUUCCUUCCCCGACCCCUUCUUACCCCUAGCCGCCUCUAUAACAUCAAUAUUCAAUGUUCAGCAUCUUGCCUUGUCGAUCCUGUACGGUAUGUAUAGUACAGUAUCGUACAACACCUACAUCCCCCCUCCCCGGAGCUCUAAAGUUCACUGUACAAUAAGCAUCGGACUAAUUUUUAUUUUUUCUUAUCCUAGCAUCCCAAACUAUGCUUCUCUCCGAACCUUCUUCGUAGAGUCCCAUCUGAUGAUGCUCUAAAUAUUCUAAUUUUAACACUGAAGUUGAUCAGCACAUCAUGCAGCGCAACACGCCGCACCACCACGCAGCGCUUCGCUUCAUG